UUACACCCCUGUUGUUCACACAGUCAUUGAAUGUGCAUGAGAUAGAAGAAUGCACAUAUAAGGUUUAUUGGCGGAGGAUGUUUAUUUUCUGCCCGAGUUAUUUAUUAUUGUCAUUUUUUUGUCUUGUUGGCUUGAAAUUUAGCUUUCUGGUUUAAUUACAGUGAAAAAGAUUCACUGAACGCAGGUUGUGAUCUCCAGUAUUGUUGCCCAUCAUGGCAGGAGGCAUCACAGAGACCGGGGAGCUCUACUCCCCGUAUGUGGGCUUGGUGUACAUGUUUAAUCUGAUCGUGGGCACGGGGGCACUGACGAUGCCCAAGGCCUUUGCCCAAGCAGGUUGGGCGGUCAGCCUGGCGCUCAUCUCCUUCCUGGCGUUUAUGAGUUACAUGACCACUACGUUUGUGAUCGAGGCCAUGGCAGCGGCCAACGCUCAGCUGCGCUGGAAGAGGAGGGAGCAGGAAGAGGUCCAAGACAACGACUCCACUUCUGAUUAUUCGGAUGAUGAUGUCCGGGGACGAUCAGAGCCAGAGACGAGGCCCAUUUUGUCAGUCCAGCGAACAGGAGGACAUGUUGAUCACUUUGACAUUGUGGAGAGGGUAGAGAUGGGUCAAAUGGCCUCCAUGUUCUUCAACAAAGUUGGUGUCAACAUGUUCUACAUCUGCAUGGUAGUCUACCUGUACGGAGACCUGGCCAUCUAUGCUGCUGCUGUGCCCAUAUCACUAAUGGAAGUAGCCUGUGGUAACCACUCAUGCAGUGCUGGCAGUGUGAAAUACGACGACACCGACUUGUGCUGGGGGCCUGUCACCAGGAAAGACGCCUACAAGGUGUUUCUGAGCAUCUUCACCUUGAUGUUGGGCCCUUUCGUCUUCUUCGAUGCCCAGAAGACUAAAUACCUCCAGAUCCUCACCUCACUCAUGCGCUGGAUCGCGUUCACCAUGAUGAUUAUCCUGGCUCUGAUCCGUAUUGGUAAAGGCCGGGGCGAAGGCCACCCCCGUAUGGCCCAGAUCUCUGGGGUGCCAAACCUGUUUGGCGUGUGUGUCUACUCCUUCAUGUGCCAGCACUCCCUGCCCUCCCUGGUGACGCCCAUCUCUGAUAAGAGGCGUGUGGGCACCCUGGUGGUGUGUGACUAUGUCCUCAUCCUUGGCUUCUACGGCCUGCUCUCCUUCACAGCCAUCUUCUGCUUCGACAGCUCGCUGCUACACGACAUGUACACCCUCAACUUCACUGACAACUGUGACGUGCUGGACAUCCCCGCUUUGCGCUAUUUCCUGGGCCUCUUCCCCGUCUUCACCAUCAGCACCAACUUCCCCAUCAUCGCAGUCACGCUGCGCAACAACUGGAAGACCCUCUUCCACCGUGACGGGGGCACCUACCCCUGGGUGGUUGACCGCAUCGUCUUCCCCCUCAUCACCCUGGUGCCGCCCAUCAUCGUGGCCUUCUGCACCCACAACCUGGAGUCCCUGGUGGGCAUCACGGGUGCCUACGCUGGCACGGGCAUCCAGUACGUCAUCCCCGCCCUGCUGGUGUACUUUGGCCGGCGCCACCUGGUGCCUAUGCUGGGCACGGACGAGGUCAACAAGCACCAGUCCCCGUUCCGCCACACCUUCUGGGUGUGGUUUGUAGUGGUGUGGGCUACCUUCUGCCUCAUGUUUGUCACAGCCAACAUCAUCCUGGAGGACACCAAGAAAUGAGGACACGGACUGGUUGUGAAAGACCGGUUUCUCUGUGUGGGUGUCUUGUAUUUCUACAUUCUCUCUGAGGCCUUCCAGAACUUGGUACAGGUCGAACAGUGUGCCUUUUUAUGCUGCUCUUGUAGCAUGGGAACCCUUUUAAUUACAGCUGUAAUCAGCAGUUGAAACCAUUAUAAAGUGUCCUCCCCACCCCUGUGUCAGUAAAUAGGAUGGGACUGGAGAAAUGUAACCAUUAUAAAGUGUCCUCCCCACCCCCGUGUCAGUAAAUAG